GCCAACUCCUAAGACAGACGUGCCAGAUACAUCGCCAUGAAAAAGAAGUGUCACAAAUGUUCCAGCAGAUGGCUUAGACCACAGUAUUUCCCCACCAUGCUAUCAAUGGCUGUACUAAUGUUUCUGCCAGCAACUGACAGCUUGAAACAGAAUAUUCCUCGGCUCAAGCUUUCCUACAAAGACCUACUUCUGUCAAACAGCUGCAUACCAUUUUCGGACUCCACACCAGAGAGUUUUGGUUUUCAGACCCUGCUGCUAGAUGAAGAGAGGGGUCGGCUAUUUGUCGGAGCAAAAGAUUACAUCUAUAUGUUCAACCUGGUUGAUUUAAACAAAAAUAUUAGAAAGAUUCACUGGCCUGCACCUAAAGAAAGAGUGGAAUUUUGCAGGCUUGCUGGAAAAGAUUCAAAUGAGGAAUGUGCAAAUUUCAUUAAAGUCCUUCAUCACUACAACAAGACCCAUUUAUAUACAUGUGGAACCGGGGCUUUUCACCCUCUGUGUGGGUUUGUCGAACUUGGAAGUCAAAAAGAGGAAAUAGUAUUCAAGCUUGACACACAAAACCUGGAGACAGGAAGAUUGAAGUGCCCCUUUGAUCCUCACCCGCCUUUUGCUUCCAUAAUGACAGAUGAAUACCUCUUUGCUGGGACAGCUUCAGAUUUCCUUGGCAAGGAAACUACAUUUACACGUUCUCUUGGACCACCUUAUGACCAUCAUUUCAUCAGGACGGAUAUAUCUGAUCAUUACUGGCUUAAUGGAGCAAAAUUUUUUGGAGCAUAUUCUAUCCCAGACACAUACAAUCCAGAUGAUGACAAGAUUUACUUCUUCUUUCGAGAGACAUCUCCAGAAGGUGGUGCUUCUGAGAAAACAAUAUAUUCUCGAGUUGGAAGAGUCUGUAAGAAUGAUAUCGGAGGGCAGCGCAGCUUGAUAAAUAAAUGGACUACAUUUUUAAAAGCACGUCUGGUGUGUUCCAUCCCCGGACCAGAUGGAGGGGACACAUACUUUGAUGAACUGCAGGAUAUAUUUUUGCUGCCAACAAAAGAUGAAAGGAACCCAGUUGUGUACGGAAUUUUCACUACAACAAGCUCUAUAUUUAAAGCAUCUGCUGUAUGUGUAUAUAGCAUGGCAGAUAUAAGGGGAGUUUUCAAUGGACCCUAUGCCCAUAAAGAAAGUCCUGAUCACAAAUGGGUACAGUACGAUGGAAGGAUUCCUUAUCCCCGUCCUGGUACGUGUCCCAGCAAAACCUAUGAUGCAUCGAUUAAAUCUACCAAAGAUUUUCCAGAUGAUGUAAUUAGCUUUGUAAAGAACCAUCCUCUAAUGUACAAGUCUGUGUAUCCCCUUUACGGGAGACCUGUGUUUUCAAGACUCAACAUGGAUUACAAGCUGACUCAGAUUGCUGUGGACCAUGUGGUAGCAGAGGAUGGCCAGUAUGAUGUAAUGUUUAUUGGAACAGAUGUUGGUACAGUUCUCAAAGUCAUCAGUGUUUCAAAGGAUCUAUGGAACAUGGAAGAGGUUCUACUGGAAGAGCUUCAGAUAUUUAAGAAACCUUCACCGAUUACAAACAUAGAGCUUUCAAUCAAGCAGCAUCAACUUUACAUAACAUCUCAUGAUGGCCUGGUUCAGCUGUCACCACAUAGGUGUGAUACAUAUGGUAAGGCGUGUACAGACUGCUGCCUUGCAAGAGAUCCAUACUGUGCUUGGGAUGGAAGUUCCUGCUCUAGAUAUAUACCGACAUUAAAAAGACGUUCUAGAAGACAAGAUAUAAAAAAUGGAGAUCCCCUUACACAAUGCUGGGAUGUGGAUGAACGGGCUGCCAAUGAAGCUCCUGAAGAAAAAGUCAUAUUUGGCGUAGAGUUAAAUUCUACCUUUUUGGAAUGUGUUCCAAAGUCACAGCAAGCCUCUAUCAGAUGGUUUAUUCAGCACACAGGAGAGGACCGACAGGAAGAGAUAACAUCUGAUGAAAGGGUAAUUAAAACUGAAUACGGGCUUCUGAUUCGUAGUCUACAGAAGAAGGAUUCUGGAAUUUACUAUUGCAAGGCUCAAGAGCACACGUUCACUCACACCCUUGUAAAGCUUAAUGUAAAAGUCAUAGAAAAUGAGCAGAUGGAACAGACACAAAAGUUAGAGGAUGAGGAAGGCAGAGGGCGAGAUAUAAUGACCGAGUCAAGGCUGAGGUACAAAGACUAUUUGCAACUUUUAAGCAGUCCUACUUUCAGUAUGGAUGAGUAUUGUGAGCAAAUGUGGCACAAGGAAAAGAAGAGACAACGCAAUAAAGGUGGAGCAAAAUGGAAACAUGUGCAAGAGAUUAAAAAGAGCAGGAACCGGAGACACCAUGAACAAAGGGAGAAGCUUACUAAAAUGUUACCUGCAUAGACUGUGUGGACUUUUAUAUACAUAUUCCAUUAUGUACAUUUCUUGUAUUAAUAUUCCUCUUUGAACUGGGAAGAUCUAAUAUGUACAAGACAAUGUAGUACCAAGAAUAUCCUAAAAAAAGUGAAGUCAAUUCACAAUUUUUGUAUUACACCUUUCAGAAAAUAGAAUGGAUUUAGGGGGUAUAAGUAUCCUUUUUGUGUAGUGUUGUUUGUGUGUAGCUCCAUCUUUCGGGUUAAGUUAAUAAUAACUGGUCAUUCAGGCUUUUAUUUAUUAAACUGUGUUAUUUAGGUAUUGCCGUCUUUCUUUUUUUGUAAGUUAUAAAUUAAUAUUGGGAUGUUUUAAGUUACUGUUUACCUUUUUUAAAUGUUUUUUGUUUUACUAUGGAAAGUGGUAUUUUUUUAAGACUGCCUGAUACUGAGACUCAAUUUUCAAUGACAGUGUUGCAAAAUGUAUGCAAAAAUAAUCAACAAAAAUAACACACCAAUCAUGAUUCCUCUUUUUUUUUUACUGCUGCUCUAACAAUAACUGAUGGUUUAAUAUCCGUGUUUACACUUUUUUUCAAUCUACAUUAUUGAUCAUGACUAUGAUCGAUUUCUAUUGUACCUGUAGCAGAUUUGAGGUGGAAAAAUUUUAAAGUUCUCUGACAUCAGGAAAUUGCGCACAAGACAAUAAAUAUAAUUGUUGAACUUCCUAA